AUGGGGCUGCACACGCAGCGGACCCGCUGGCGGUGCUGUGUUGGGCUCCCCGGCCGGGCCUUGCCCCCAGCGUCUCCCCCAUCACAGGGCAGACCCAGGCCGCCCCAGCCUGGUGCUGCGUGCAGCUCCCCUGCGCUGUCUCCUGCAGCACUGCAGGUCCUCCUGGGCUCAGAAGUUUCUGAGAAGCACCACUCACCCCUGGCUCCGGCCUUCCCCUUGAAGCGCUCAUGUGAGCAUUCUUCAGGAACGGAGGAGGGACGCAUGAGCCAGGAUGACGCAGCUGCUGACACCACCUUGGACCUGGAAUUGUGCGCCGUGUCCUGGCUGCUGGGGCCCCAGAAGGCCCACCUGGUCCCUAGACCUCAUGGUGGCAGGGGGCGCACCGGUGGCCACCGUCCCUCCGCCAGGGCGGUGGGCAGGGCCUGCCGAGCCGCCCAUCAUGGCGGUGGGAGCGCGGCCGCCGGGGCCCGCGACUCCGCAGAGCGGUUGCCGUUGCUGCUGCUGAGAGGCGGCGGCGCGGGCAGGCGGGAGGGCGGGAAGGAUGGUGUUUCCGAGGUCGGAGCGGUGGGCGCGGACCAGGAGCCGGGCUGA